CUACAUGCCCCAAGACAAUUCCUUUCACAUGCAUUCUCCAUAACAAAAACACCAGAACUCCAGAAACCAGUUUCAUGGUUUCAUCCCAUAAUAUAUAAACACACACACACACACACAUACUGACACACACAGUCAGUAGCUAUGCAUGUUACAGACAAAUAUAUAUAUAUAUAUGGAGAGAGAGAGAGAGAGGUUGAAGUAGGUUGGGUUUAAAUGUUGUCUGGUAUAUGGAGAGUGUUUUUGGUGAAGAGGGUUAGCAGAAAAUGCAGGCAAGCUGGCUCUUGUGAGCUGUCCAUAUGUGUGCAGUAUGAUCAUCCAGCUCAGUACCGUUACCCAUUCAUUAAACCAGCCAGCUCAUUCUCACCUGACCCGUCCUCCCCCGCGUUGACCCGCCGACCCGCCUCCUCCUACGACUACAUAAUUGUGGGCGGAGGCACGGCGGGAUGCCCCCUCGCCGCCACGCUCUCCCGGAACUACACCGUAUUGCUGCUGGAAAGAGGAGGAACACCAUUCGCGAAUCCGAAUGUCAGUCUCAUGCAGAAUUUCCACAUUGCUCUGGCGGACAUCUCGCCGACGUCGGCGUCGCAGAUGUUCAUCUCCACCGAUGGGGUGUUCAAUUCUAGGGCAAGAGUUUUGGGCGGUGGCACUUGCAUCAACGCUGGAUUUUACACCCGGGCAAGCACAAGUUACAUCAAGAGUGUAGGCUGGGAUGAUAAACUUGUGAACGAGUCAUACCCGUGGAUCGAGAAGCAAAUUGUUCAUCGGCCAGACCUUAUUCCGUGGCAGAGAGCAGUAAGAGAUAGCCUUCUUGAAGUUGGGAUAUCACCUUUCAAUGGCUUCACCUAUGAUCACAUUUAUGGAACCAAAGUUGGUGGAACCAUCUUCGACAGGUUUGGCCGCCGCCACACUGCUGCUGAGCUUCUUGCCUCUGCUAAUCCUGAAAACCUCCAUGUUUUGGUUCAUGCUUCAGUUCUGAAAAUUGAGUUUGACACAACAGGGAAACACCCGAGGGCCGUUGGAGUUAUCUUCAAAGACGAAAAUGGGAAGAAACACAAAGCGAUUCUGUCGAAGAGGUCGGGGAGUGAAAUCAUCGUGUCAUCUGGUGCAAUUGGGAGUCCUCAUCUGCUCCUCCUCAGUGGCAUCGGCCCAAAAGCAGAACUCAAAAAGUUUAACAUUCCUGUUGUGCUUGACAAUAAGUUUGUCGGGAAGGGCAUGUCUGAUAAUCCCCUAAACACAAUUUUUGUGCCCAGUAAGACUCCUGUCAAACAGUCCUUGAUACAAACUGUAGGGAUCACAAAGCUGGGAGUGUACAUUGAAGCCAGCAGUGGUUUUGGACAGUCCAAAGAUAGUAUUCAUUGGGACCACGGAAUUGCUUCAGCUGAGAUAGGUCAGCUAUCGACGAUUCCUCCGAAGCAAAGAACACAUGAGGCAAUUCAUGACUACAGGAGAAGAAAGAGAAACCUUCCACAUGAAGCAUUUAAGGGAGGUUUCAUCCUCGAAAAGAUAGCCAGGCCCCUGUCAACAGGUCAAAUUAGCCUAAUAAACAAGAAUAUUGACGACAACCCUUCAAUCACCUUCAACUACUUUAGCCACCCAGCUGAUUUGGCACGAUGUGUAGACGGCAUACGUGUUGUGGAGAAAAUGCUGAAGUCGAAGCAUUUUGCACCCUACGCACAGUACGACAAGGACGUUGUGGAGAAGCUGUUGAACUUGAGCGUUGAAGCUAAUGUUAAUCUUAUACCUAAACACACCAAUGACACAAAAUCCCUGGAGCAGUUCUGCAAAGACACCCUCAUUACAAUUUGGCAUUACCAUGGAGGGUGCCAUGUGGGCAAAGUGGUGAGCUCUGAUUAUAAGGUUCUUGGAGUCAAAGGACUCCGCGUUAUCGAUGGCUCGACUUUCACUGAGUCCCCAGGGACUAAUCCUCAAGCCACCGUCAUGAUGAUGGGCCGGUACAUGGGAGUGAAGAUUUUGAGGGAAAGAUUAGGCAAAGCAGCUGGGGUUUGAGCACUUGUCCGAAUAACAAGUAGAAGAGGUGUUCAGCUUGUGUUAUAGGAAAAAUUAGUAAUUCUUUCAAUCCUAUUGUUAGCUAGCAAUUAUAUCUAGAGAGAGCGGCUUUCUGAUUGCGGAUGUGAAAAUCAUUAUAAUCCCAGUCUGCUGUAUUAUUCACAGUAUCAGUUCUCCUGAUGCAUGCUGCUAUGUAUUAUCUCUUAUGGGAUCAUCUACCAUCUCUAUCUUACAGAGUUUCUUAUGUCA